CAUUCAAGAAUAACUAGCGCUUUGCGUCUUCGUGGCAUUCGGCUGCGGCAAUACGUAUGCUGUAGUUAGUGUGUGAAACUAAGGUGCUUCCGCUGUGUACAAGUUUAAGCAUUAGGCAGCGGCUGCAAGUUGCAUAUUUACAUACUUGAUGCCCGCUUGGCCAUCGCUUUAACCGAUCAUUUUCCUGCGAAAUUGGGCAAGGCUAGGCCGAGGUCAUCGCUGGCUUCGCUAUUAGGCCUAGGUGUUGUUUUAUGCUGAAAACGCAGCGUGCUGCAUUUUAAAACUGUUUUUCUUUUUUUGUUAACUUAGGUUAGCUUGAAAAUGUUUAAUUAUGUAUUGGACUAUUGGGACUAUUGGACCGUGAAAUCAUCGCAGCGAGAACUAAGUUAUUACAUAUUCAGGGCCGUACGACAUUGCGUUCCCUUCGGCCGUCGGUACGGAGUGUGGUAGAGAUCAAUCCGUUUCGAUUGCAUUUUCUGCCAAGCUUUCUUUCACUGUGCAUUCAAAGUUUUGCUUCUUUAUGAUAUUGUAGGGAAAUCGACGCCAGCAUUGUUAUUUGUUAGUUUCACCCAAAGCGUGGCUGUCUCGUUUCGCAUUUUCAGCGCGGGAUGGGCGCUUGCGUCGCCGCGAACUAGGAAGAUGGAGAAAGAACAAGAGUCCAGGCCACCUGCUGAGGAUAGCAAGAUGCCAGCAGCUCCAGGUAGUGCCGACGCUGGCCUUGACAGCGUAUUAGCAGAUGCAGCCAAUCCUGACGUUCCAGCAGUUGAACUCUGUGCAGUCAGCAUUGAUGUGCCGGACAGUGUUGAGACAGUUGUUGUGAACACUUCAAAUGGCACGCCUGGAGCCUCUCUCAGUGAUACCACUCUGCCUGAUGCUGUUGUAAGUUCUGUGCUGGAAAGUGAUUCUGCUGCUGGGACACUUGACGAUGCAUCAGGCCUUCCAGAUGCUGCCGCUGCAGCUGCACUCUCAUCUGUUGUUGACAGUGAGCCUGCUGCCAUUGAAACUGUGGUCUCUACGGAGGCUUUGCCUGAUGUCACGGUGCCAUCAACGUCUGGUGUCUCAUCUGUAUCCACAUCAUCAAGUGUGUCUGACCGCUGUGAUGCGCGCAUAGUCCGCUUCAACAACCGUGACCUAGAAAGCCUGCGUAAAAUCCAGGAUGAGCUGAACACACGCAAAUCUGGUGGAGUGCCACGCAGUCCAGGCAGCCCCAUUGUGAUCAGAGCAGAGCUGACAAGUCCGCACAAAGGGGUGUCAGCACAGGCACCCCAAGUUCUUGUGGUGCAGAAACCUUCACCAGGGUGCUCCCCCAAGAAGGCUGACAUCCGGGUCAUCCAUCCCCCAGGCCUCACUGUGCGCAGACUCUCCAGCAUUCUGCUCAUGCAGCUACAGAUGAGUGUGCCAGCAGCCUCAGGUGGAGGCACCACCUCUGCGGGCCUGACCAAGGUGAUCCUGCAGCCAGCAGGGCAGCUUAUGAGUGGUGCCACCUUCCAGUUUGUGGGUGCCAUGGCAGGCGCUGGCGGCCAAGCAGCCCAGCCCACUCUGGUGCUUUCCAGUCCUACUCGUGCGACUCCUGUUCGUACAGCCACGGGGCAGCAACUGGUGCGUGUGGCUGCUCCAGGCACCACUUCUGUCUCAGCACCUAAGGGCAUGUAUGUGGUAUCUCCAAUGAAGCUCGGAGGGAAAGUUGCCAUGAUUCCCAUCAAUGUCGGCAAGUCGCCCCAGAGGAUUGCCCCUGCCCCCACAACAUCCUCAAUGGUCACAGGCCUCGGUGUGGGGGCCAGUCGAGUGACACUUGCUGCAAGCUCCACAAGCACUGCCACCACACCUACAGUCCGGCCAGCAGCACCCGCAACUACUAUCGUGCCUGUGCCAGGCAAAGUAAAUGUUCUCCUCAAGCCCUCGAUUGGUCAAGCUGUAGCUGUGUCAAGGGCUGGCACAGUGGCUGCUGUUGUUCAGACGUCGAGCCCAAGUGGUACAGUAGCAACAAGCGGCACCAGUAGUUUUGUGACAUCUGUGAGCAGCAGUUCGGCAGCCGUGCAAGUUCCAGGCAGCAAGUUUCACUAUGUGCGCUUGGUCAGUGCUCCUGCACCAAGCACACAAGCCAGUACAGUCCUCGGUGCAGCCAAGCCACCAACCCUUGUGCCUGUAACCUCAGCAAGGCCUCUUGUGCCAGCAGUACCUGUGACCGUAGCAUCAAGCACUGCCAGUGCAACUUUGCCUCCUGGUGUGCGGUUGACAGUGCCCAUUGCCCCAGCUAUUUCAGCCCAGCAGGGAUCAUCGACAGGUGUGACAGUGACCACCUCACAGCGAGUACUGAUCCCUGCAUCUGCUACAUCAGUGCGCCCAUCAAUGCCAACCGGACAGCUGAGUAGCCUGUCGACAGCAGCACUCAUUUCCACUGGGGGAACAUCCAUGCAAAAUGCUUUUGUGGUGGUGCCUGCCCAGUAUGUGGCCCAGUUCCAGCAGGGCACGCAGCCGUCAGCAUCCCCUUCAGCAGGCACAUCACGGGUGGUGUUUCAGACGGGGACUGGCCUCCUGGGCAGCUCAGGAGGCUUUGUACCCAUUGCAGCCGCCACUGCACCUACCACAACCAGUGUCUCCACGGGGCCUGACCACAGAGAACCACCAGCAGCAGCAGUGCCUCCCGCUAAAGCUCAAGUCAACGGGACGUCAUGCGAAGACAAUUCACGGCCCCGAAAGCCCUGCAACUGUACCAAGUCCCAGUGCCUCAAAUUGUAUUGUGACUGUUUUGCCAAUGGAGAGUUUUGUCAUAGCUGCAACUGCAAUAACUGUUUCAAUAACCUGGAGCAUGAAGAGGAACGUCAAAAGGCUAUUGGAGCCUGUCUAGAAAGGAAUCCCAAUGCAUUUCGUCCAAAAAUUGGCAAAGGCAAAGAAGGAGACCAUGAGCGACGUCAUACCAAAGGCUGUAACUGCAAACGAUCUGGCUGCCUAAAGAACUACUGUGAAUGCUAUGAGGCCAAAAUCCUUUGCAGCAGUAUGUGUAAAUGUGUUGGCUGCAAGAACUUUGAAGACAGCUCGGAGCGCAAGACAUUGAUGCAGUUGGCAGAUGCAGCUGAAGUGCGUGUGCAACAGCAAGCUGCUGCUCGAACCAAGAUGUCAGCCUGUGACCUGCCCAUGCGGCCGGCUCCAGUGUCGGUCACAGGGGAAAGGCUGCCGUUUGCAUUCAUCACCCAGGAAGUGGUGGAGGCCACCUGCCAGUGCCUGCUUGCACGUGCCGAUGAGGCCGAGCGUCUCAAGAGGCCCUUUGCCGAAAUGGAGCGCUCAGUGCUGGAGGAGUUUGGCCGCUGCCUGGAGGCCAUCAUUGACAGUGCGCACAGGACCAAGGGCAAGCCAACUGGUGACACCGCAGAAAAGAAGACCACACCUGCCAGCAUACCCCCAGAGCGUGCUGCAUCACGCAGAACUAAGACAGCUCGGCGCAUGCUGAACCUCUAAUCUGGCCCCUCUGUCGCCUGUGCAAUGCCAACAACGAGCCCCACAGCACCGGGGGAAGUGCACUGGAGGACUCAUUGGGUGUUGUGAAGCUGUGUGGUGCAGUUUGCUAAGCAUCUCCCGGACACCAGCUGUUGUAGAAUUGCCAAUUUUCUUCUUUUAUUUUUCAUCUUUCCUGUUUUCUGUGAGUGCUGCUUGGUGGACGUGGUUGUGUGCGAUGCUGAUGCGAGUUGAUUGAUAGUGUGAAAAUUUUUUUCAUCUGGCACAUGAACGACAACUGUUCUGAACACACUGACUGCUUGCUGUGUGACCAGUGCGCUUGGUUGGAAGACAUUUGGCAUUGUUUUCUUCAUGACACGGAGUAUGACAGAAGUCUUUAUGUUGGUUUGCUGUUUGAGAAAGUUGCCCUUUUUUUUUUUUUUACAUCCUUGGCAGGAGGUGCCAGCAUAGCUAGCACAUUGGUGUGCACAUAGUUCUUGUCUUGAAAGUGGACAAAAGCAAACACCUUAGUGUGUGCCUUUGUGUGUGCUUUAGCUGUUUGUGCAGGUAGGAAGAGCAAGUUUUCAGUUUUAUCAAGCUUUGACAUUAUUGCUGUUUGUAAAUAUAAACAACACCUCAUCAUUUAAGUUAUGCUAUGUACUAGUCAGCAUCUUUAUGCAUAUUCACUGGAAUUUCUGUUUUAUCCUUGUUUUGACUUUUAUUUUUCAUGAAACUUCAGUAAUGUGCUGUGUGGGUCAUGGCAUUGUUUACUUUUUUUUUUCACCUCCGUUUCAUGUUUUUACUGUUGAACAGUUGUGCUUGCUGAUUAAGUAAGGCAGAGUGGCUCUCUUAAUCUGGUGGCUUCUGUCAUGUCUUAUUCAUCUAUCUUCAUCUUUUUAGUGUCGUUUCCUCACAAAUGUUGUGUGUGUGCUGCUAUGUUUGAUGGUGGUGGUGACAGUUAUGCAAGUAAAAGAUGUUUGAAGUUGUACAGUGCGUAAAUAUAGAUAAUGAACUUCUAUCUGUAUUUGGAAACACACAUGCAGAUGUAGAUAUGCAUUGUAAUUAGAUGCACUGUCUGGACAGUUUCUGAAAAAAAUUAGCUUGAUUAGAAGCACCUGUGAUGCACAGGGCUUGCAGUAUAUUCAAUAUAUGCUUACUGCUAUUUGUGAAUCGCUUUGGUCAAAGCAAUCUAAUAGAAGUGCUACUAGCUUUCAUACUUCUUGGCACUUUUCAUGCAUCAUCUCGACUUAAUGGUUUCACUAAAGUGUGCGUGAGGCAAAACUAACCAUCUGACAUGAUUUCGCAGUCUUAUUGCCUAUCACUAGCGACAUUAAGAUGUUAAAUCUGGCAUGAUUUGGCAGUCUUACUGCCUGUCACUAGUGACAUUAAGAUGUUAAUUGAAGACAUUGAUGCUAUUUAUAAAAUCAAAACAUUGAAGGGGGACUCUCAGUGUGCUGUUCAAAAGUUUCAUUGUUCACAUACUGUUCAUCAUGCAACAUUGUUAUAUGAGACUGGACUCCUUAAGUUUUUAUGUGCGGUUAGAAUGACUGAAAAUGAAUGGAUUCUUCUUUCUUCCUGUCAUGACCAAGCUAUUGAAGCACCUAAGGCACUGUUUGUGAAUGCAUUGUCACCAGUGUGAACAGUACAUUGAUAUCAUGCUCAUGGAGCAGGAGUAUUUGGUUGAAUUAAAGGGACUUUUAAGUUUA